AUGCGCCGCCUGUUGCAUCGUUGUAAUUCUGCCGUCACCUACUCGGCAGAUAAUCGGCCUAGCUACGCCCCCGGAAUUGCCCUUGAGCUGGAACGCCAGGUGGAUGAAUGGUAUGAAUAUCUCCCCGCCAACAUCCGGUUCCCCAAAGAAACUAGCAAACUCCGCGUGGACUGGAUCGACUCGUUGUCCAACUUCCUCAACGUUCAGUAUUACUGCUGCAAGCUGUCUAUCUACUGGCCCGCUGUUUACCAGGCUGUCCAGGAUGGUGCAGUUAAUGUCCACCUCCGAGGUCAUUGCCAGCGGUUUAUCGACUCCUAUGUGCAGCUUCUGCCUAGGAUAUGUGUCGCUAUCGAUGUCUGUCAGAUCUACAAAUGGACGCUCUCGAUUACCUUUUUCGUGACCACGCUGUCUGCCCUAAAGGUGCUGGAUACCCCGUGUCUAAGCAGUGCCAGUCUAGACGCAUUACGCCAAUGCCUUUCCUCGGCUGCGGUUGCGGCUGUGGACUGGAAAGGCACAGAAAGCAGUGCUUCGUUGGGGAUCCUGCAACAUACACUGAACCGACGCCUUCAAGAUGCAGCGUACCAGUAUAUAGCAGAUCCCAGCACCAGCACUAGUUGA